AUGGAACCCGAAGUGAAGGACGAAAAGCAGCUCCACACGGUUCUCGUCACCGACGUCGAGUCCGAUAUCGACUUCAGAGACAAGGACGAAGCGCUGCGGCUUGUGGGCCUCGAGAAAGCGUCCUCGUUCACCGAGGAAGAAUACAACAGAAUCCGCAGGAAGCUUGACUUUGUCAUUCCACCCUUGUCUGCGGCAGUGUACUGCACUCAGUAUCUCGACAAGACCGCGUUGGGCUACGCGAGCAUUAUGGGUUUCCCAGUCACCGGGCAGGGCUAUAAUCUAGUCUCCCUAUCCUUCUACAUAGGAUUCUUGAUCUGGGUUUUUCCCUCGAUGUACAUCGCACAGCGGCUUCGGCUCGGGAAGUACCUUGGUGCUAACAUUGUGGCCUGGGGCGCUAUCAUGAUGUUGCACGCAAUCCCUAAGUCGUUUGGCCCCUUCUUCGCCCUGCGGCUGCUUCUCGGCAUGCUUGAGAGCUGUGUCGCACCCAUCCUUAUCCUGAUUGUGUCUAUGUUCUACAGGAAAGAUGAGCAGGGGAGUCGCAUGGCGUGGUUCUACAUGAUGAACGGCGUCGCGGGCAUAUUCGGCGGAUUCCUGGCCUAUGGAAUCUCCUUCAUCCCCGACCGUGGCUUCGCGCCAUUUAAGAUCAUCUACCUCAUGCUCGGGGCAUUCGCCAUCGCGGUCGGGGUCGCUGUGCUCCUCUGGAUGCCCGACUCGCCCGCCAACGCACGGUUCCUCACGAAGGAGGAGCGCGUGACCGCGAUCGAGCGUAUCCGCGACGGGCAGUGCGGGACGGAGAACAAGCGGCUGAAGAAGGAGCAAGUCGUGGAAGCACUAUUGGACUUGAGGACGUGGCUGAUCGUUCUUGCAACACUCCUAACGAACAUACCGAACGGGGGCCUGGCGAACUUCACGAACAUCAUCGUGAAAGGCUUUGGAUACACGACGAAACAAACCCUUAUUCUGUCAACUCCCGGGGGCGCAAUCGGUAUCGCUAGCGCGAUCCUUUGCGGAUGGUACUCCGACAAAGCCAACGAAAGGAUGCUACCUAUUGUGUGGUCCCUGAUACCGACACUCGCUGGUGCAGCGAUGCUGGUGGGACUCAAUGGCACCUCCCAAAAAGGCGCACUUCUCUUCGCGACCUGGAUCGUCGGGACGUACGGGUCCUCACUCGCGAUUAUCUACGCAUACAACGCGUCGAACACGUCCGGCCACACGAAGAAGGUCACGGUGAAUGCGCUCACGCUCGCCGCCUUCUGCGUCGCGAACAUCGUCGGCACGGAGACGUUCCUCCCGAAAGACGCACCGGGCUACCUCCCAGGAAAGAUCUCCAUCUUGGUACUGCUGUCCGCGCAGCUCGUGCUGUGCUUCGUCAUCCGCUGGGUGAACUUGUGGAUGAACCGGAAGAAACAGCGCGCGCUUGAAGCGAUGAAGAGACGGAACGGGUGGUCGGACCGAGACGUGCAGCGAGAGCGAGAGAGAGCCGCGUUUUCGGACAUGACAGACAAGCAGAACCCAUUCUUCGUGUAUACGGCUUGA